GCCAUUUCCUUCUGCGGUUUGACACUGUGACUGCCGACUGGUCUUGGAGACCGGCGGCACAAGAUUCCCCUUUUCUUCUCUGAGCUUCCUGCUCUGCUAUCCAACGCGAAACGGGAAUAAUGGCGGCGCCGUCGCAGGACGCGCCGCUCCAGCUCAACACCGUGCAAACGGACCAGCCCCUCGCCACCGUCAACCGCCUCCUCGCCGCCCUCCACGUGGCGCUCGCCGCCGCGGCCAUCGCCCACCGCGGCGCCCACGUGAUGCUGGCGGCCGACCUGGCGCUCCUCUUCCUGUGGGCGCUGUCGCAGGCGCCCAUGUGGCGUCCCGUCUCCCGCGCCGCCUUCCCGUCCCGGCUCUCGCGCGCCGCCCUCCCGGCCGUGGACGUGAUGGUGGUGACGGCCGACCCGGACAAGGAGCCCGCGGCGAAGGUGAUGAGCACGGUGGUCUCCGCCAUGGCGCUCGACUACCCGGGCGGGCGGCUCAGCGUGUACCUCUCCGACGACGCCGGGUCGCCGCGGACCCUGCUCGCUGCCAGGAAGGCCUACGCCUUCGCCAGGGCCUGGGUGCCCUUCUGCAGGAAGUACGGCGUGCGGUGCCCGUGCCCCGACAGGUUCUUCGCCGGCGACGACCAGCUCGACCUCGGCGGUCACCACCGCCAAGAGCUCGACGACGACAUGCUGAGGAUCAAGAACAUGUAUGAGACGUUCAACGAGGGUGUGGAGGAGGUGAUGAACGACGCAGCUCUUUCUCAGAGUUGGAUAAAAGCAGAUCACGACGCCCACAUCGAGAUGAUGACCGACGGCAGCAACAUCGACUCCGGGGACGAGGAUGAGGACGCCAUGCCCUUGCUGGUCUACGUGUCCCGCGAGAAGCGGAGGCCGUCGGCUCACCACUUCAAAGCCGGCGCACUCAACGCCCUCCUCCGGGUGUCGAGCCUGAUGAGCAACUCGCCGUACGUGAUGGUGCUGGACUGCGACAUGUACUGCAACAGCAGGAGCUCCGUCCUCGAGGCCAUGUGCUUCCACCUCGACGGCCGCCGCCCCGCCGACCUCGCCUUCGUGCAGUUCCCUCAGAUGUUCCACAAUCUCAGCAGUAGCGACAUCUACGCCAACGAGCUCAGGUCCAUCUUCUGGACGCGGUGGAAAGGUUUGGACGGCCUCCGGGGCCCGAUCCUCUCCGGCACCGGCUUCUGCGCCCGAAGAGACGCCCUCUACGGCGCCCGGCCGGCCAGCUCGCAGGGUCAGUUCUCCGGCAUGGAGGUCGGCGAGCUGAAGAGAAGGUUCGGCGUCUCCAAUGGUCACAUAGCGUCGCUGCGCCGGUCGGCCGGGAACGGGAGCACGACGGUUGCGCGUGAUGUUCUCCCACAGGAUGCAGAGUUCGUGGUGUCCUGUGCGUACGAGCCGGGCACGGAAUGGGGCGAGGAGGUCGGCUUCUUGUACCAGUCGGUGGUGGAGGACUACUUCACCGGCUACCGGCAGCUCUACUGCCGAGGAUGGACGUCCGUCUACUGCUUCCCGGCGACGGCGUCGAGGCCGCCGUUCCUCGGCAGCGUGCCCACCAACCUCAACGACGCGCUGGUGCAGAACAAGCGGUGGAUGUCCGGCAUGCUCGCCGUCGGCCUCUCCAGGCACUGCCCCUUCGCCUCCGCCGCCGUCUCCGUGCCUCAGAGCAUGGGCUUCGCCUACUACGCCUUCAUGGCCCUGUACGCCUUCCCCGUGCUCUGCUACGCCACCGUGCCGCAGCUCUGUUUCUUCCGUGGCGGCACGUCGUUUCCCGGGGCGUCGACGCCCUGGUUCGGCGCCGUGUUCGUGUCGUCGUCGCUGCAGCACCUGGUGGAGGUGUCGGUGGCGAAGCGCGGGCUGGCGGCGAGGACGUGGUGGGACGAGCAGAGGUUUUGGGCGCUCAACGCCGUCACGGGCCAGCUCUUCGCCUGCCUCCGCGUUGCCCUCAGCCUGGCCGGCGCCGGCAGCCGGGCGGUGGACUUCGACCUCACCAGCAAGGCGUCCGACGACAGGCUGUACCGGGACGGCGUGUUCGACUUCGCCGGAUGCUCGGCGCUGCUCCUGCCGGCCACCACGCUCUGCCUGCUCAACGCCGCAGCGCUCCUCGGCGGGGUGUGGAAGAUGGUCGGCGGGGGCGGCAGCGUGUCCGGCGAGCUGUUCCUCCUCUGCUACGUCGUGGCACUGAGCUAUCCGCUGCUGCAGGGGAUGUUCCUCAGGCGGGAUGCUGCAAGAGUUCCAGCGCGGAUCACGGCAAUAUCCGUCGCCAUGGUUGCCGCUCUGCUUUGCUUGUUUGGUUAAGCCGACCACUUAAGUGAGACCUAACAGCAUGUUUGAAACUACUCUACUUCAUAAAAUUAGUCAUACUUCAUU